GCUGUUAAAACGGAUUUCAUAGCUGAUGUGGAUUAUGCGUUAGAAACAAUGAAAUAUAUGUAUGACAUGCAGAAUGGAAAAGCGGAAAUACGAACUGUCGUUGAACAGGAACAAGAAAUACACCAGUAUUAUUGGUGGUGCCAUAUCGACCGUUUUGAAUUUGUCGGUGAAGAGCAGUGGACUGAAAACGAUGAAUUAUAUCUGUAUUCGGCUUAUCUAGACACAAGAAAGAACUCGCUUUAUCCAUGGAACGAUGCCAUUCAGGUCCUUACCGUAUCAUUUGGAAGUAUGAGACGAAAAGUUUUCUGCAACAUUUUCAACGAGGAACAUUAUGCCGUCGUUGAGGGUUAUGUACGAGAAAUCUGGCAACGCGGAUGGGAUCCGAGAGACCAGUUCUACAAUGCCAAUUUAAUAACGUGCCCUAUUCCAAAAAGACUAAAACUGUCUUCAAAGUUGUUCAUAUCAAUCUCCACAAUGCCAUGUCGAACUCAACGAACAGCAUUACGUGUGCACAUCAAUCUACCAAAACAAAACAAAGAAGCCGUAGCUGUAUGCGUUAAAGGGAUGGAUUUCCAGGAAGAUGUCUCACAACGGCUCGUCGAAUGGCUUGAAGCACAAUAUCUGUUCGGUGUGUCAGCAGUCACUAUAUACAAGUAUACUGUAUCGAAACAAGUUCAAAACGUACUAACUCACUAUGAACGACUCGGAAAACUCGUACAGGUACGGAUUGACAGCUUGCCAAGGAUAAAUAGUACAUGCUUUGUACUCAAUCAAAACGAACAUAAAACAUCCCACCUGCUGCAGUUCAUUGAAAAAUUUUUUAUUUACUAUACUACAAAUUUUCAUAUCCCUCUAACACUACCCGGUCAUUCACCUAAUCUGCCAUUAGUUCGAAGCAGAUACAUCGCAAGAAAUCGUCAGCAAAAGCGACGACACGAAUUGAUACCGUAUAACGAUUGCUUCUAUAGGCAUAUAACCACACAUCGUUACACUCUCAUCUUGGAUAUCGAUGAACUUGUGGUUCCACUAGAACACGACACAUACUCUGACCUUCUGAGUGCAAUCGAAGCCAACACUACCGUUGAUCGUAUUAGUUCGCUGUCUUUUUCGAAUGUAUUCAAAUUUCCCGCCAAAACCGAGAACACGUCAUGGGCCAAGCAUAUGUACAUGCUGCGAAAUUCACUCAGAUCACGGAGAACUAGUGACCGUCGGAAUUAUGGAAAAAGCAUGACGAAUACCGCUACAGUCGCUACCGUAUUCAACCAUUUCGCACUUCAUCGACUCACACCAAAUGUGACCGGCACGAUCUACGUACCUGAACGACUCGCCAUUAAAUUGCACUACAAAUUGACAUGCCCCGUCGAAUCCCGUAAAGAAUGUGCCGAACUACAAGACGAUACGGUAGUAGAUCGCAGUAUCGACCGAUUUGCUGACGAACUUGAGCGACGAGUGGAUCGAACACUAUGUGAGUUACAUUUACUGUGA